AUGGCGGCGGAAGGACGAAUCAGGGAAGCGGCGUAUGGGACAUGGGACAGCCCAAUCUCUCCAGAACUCGUGUCAAAUGCCGUGCUCCGUUUCGAUGCGGUGUCCGUCCACGAAGCCACGGGCAAGGUGUACCUGACCGAGAUGCGUCCAUCAGAGAGCGGGCGAGCCUGCAUUGUCGAAUUUGACCUCUCUACGGGAGUUCAGCGAGAUGUUCUCCCCGCAGAGUUGAGCGCCAGAUCCUGCGUCCAUGGGUACGGAGGUGGUGCUGUCAGUGUGGAUCAGAGACUUGGGAGACUCAUCAUCACCGAUUUCAAGACUCACGGCGUCUUCUCAGUUGACCCCGCGUCUGGAGUUGUGGAAUCGCUGAUCGGAGGUGAUCCAAAAGUGUUCUUUGGCGAUUUCGACGCGAGCCUGAAGGACCCGAACUGGGUUCUGGCCAUCCAGGAGGAUCACAGAAUUGCUCCCACUAGCAACAAGGUCGUCGCCAUCAAUAUAUCCAACAAAGAGUUUAUUGUUCUCGCACAAGGAGCUGAUUUCUAUACCCAUCCAAAGUUCAGUCCUGAUGGAUCCUCAAUCUGCUGGUUACAGUGGAAUUUCCCAAAUAUGCCGUGGGACAGCGCCGAACUGCACGUUGCUAACUUUGACGACGGUGCCCUCAGCGAGGAAUAUGUAGUGGCGGGAAAGCAAGGCAACGAGAGCAUCCAGCAGCCUCGCUGGAAUUCUGAUGGUACUCUGCUGUUCUGUGGUGAUCGUACUGGCUACUGGCAGUUAUACCGUCAUGACCCACGGACCAAUAAGACGUUGCACAUCAAUCUGCCGACAUUGCAAAAUGCCGAGUUUGCAUGGCCUGAGUUCUUCCUAGGAAGUAAAUCAUAUGCAUGCUUGACAUCAAACCUUGUCGUAGCCAUGUAUAUGCUUAACGGUCAAUUCGGAAUGUGCCUCAUCGACCUGCUUCAGCAGACCUGUUGUGACCUUGAUUCCAGUUACACCAGCCCAGGCUUCCAGACUGAUGCUCUCCACCGCAUCUCUGGGACCGAGUUCGUCGCAAUAGUCAGCAGCGAAGACGGACCUAUGAGUCUUACAGUCCACCGAUUGUCUAAUGCCGGUUCUCUUGUGGACGUUCAUUGCUUGAAAACUGUCGUCGCUUGGGAUAUGUUGCCACCCAAAGAGUGGAUUUCCAAACCACAAUUCAUAUCAUUUCCCCGAGUUGGGACAGCUUUCACCGGCAACUCUCACGCAAUCUUUUGGCCGCCAACAACCCCCUUCUUCCAGGCUCCGGCCGGCUCUUUGCCUCCUUUGAUUGUUUCUGUGCACGGGGGACCAACCCACGAUGCCAAGGCUUCACUGUCAAUGGAAAUCCAAUAUUGGACAACCAGAGGCUUCGCGUGGGUCGAUGUGAACUAUGCCGGCUCGAGCGGUUAUGGACGAGAGUACCGCGAGCUUCUCAAGGGUAAUUGGGGAGUCAUAGACGCCGAGGACGUGGUUAGCUGUGUACACUACCUUGCUUCACGGUCUAUUAUUGACCGGUCCCGUGUCGGCAUUCGAGGUGGCAGUGCCGGAGGAUAUGCUGUUUUACGAUGCAUGACGGAAUAUCCUGAAGUAUGGGCAGGUGGCAUCUCGUUAUUUGGGGUCUGUUGUUUGCAGACAUUGGAAAAGACAACUCACAAGUUCGAAUCGCGAUAUCUCGAAGGACUACUGCUCCCCCGGUCUCCAGUGAGUGCAGAAGAGAAGGAACGUCUUUAUCAGGAGCGCAGCCCGCUAUACCACGCUCAGCAGAUCAAGGCACCUGUAUUGCUCCUGCAAGGUAGGGAGGACAUAGUUGUGCCGCCUGACCAGGCGGAGAUGAUGGAAAGUGCCAUCAAGGAGGCUAUAAGAGAGAGGGACAAUUCCAUGGUUCCGGAAGACCUGGUCAAGGUUGUCAUAUACGAAGGAGAAGGACAUGGCUUCAUCAAAGCCCACACCCUGAUCAGCCAAAAGGCAGAGGAAGUUGCCUGGUGGAGCAAGACGCUGCUGAGGCCCACCUAG